AUGGAAAAUUCAAAAGAAAUAGAUUCCACUAGAUUUGGACAAAGAAGAGUCAAUGGAAAACCUAAAAAAGUUCUGGAUUAUUCUUUUGAAUUAAAUUCAGGAAUUCCAAAAAUUGAUGUUAGUCUUCGCUUAAAACCACAAUUAGAUAACUCGCAUAGAGUAAGUUAUUAGAACUUUAUUAGUACUUAUUUCAUUAUAAAAUAAAAAUCGAUUUUAUUUGUGUUUCAUGUUUCAAAAAUAUUUUUAAAUUGUUAUGUAUAUAGUAUGACAAUACACUAACAGUUUUAAAUAAUACUUCAGUUUCAUAUUAUAAUGGAAGUAUACGUGAAGGCAUUACUGAGUAAGAAAUUUACUCAUUAGAUUCAAGCUUUAUGACAAUUUUUUUCUUUUUUAUAGGUUCACUUUUUCUAAUGUAUUUGGAUCAAAUGUUGGUCAAAAGGAAUUUUUCAACAUAUGGGUACGUGAUAAAGUAUUAAGGUUUUUAAAUGGAAACAAUGAGUUAUUGUUUGCAUAUGGUACAACCAAUGCAGAGAAGACUUAUACAAUGCAUGGUAGUUCAUUUAUCUUCAAUUUCUUAUUUUAAAAUAAUAUUCAACAAUUUUUAUUUUUAUUUUAUUUUUUUUAGGAAGUUUGAAUGAUCCUGGUUUAAUUCCUAGAACUUUGGUAUUUGUAUUUAAUACAUUAAACAACAAAUUAAUGGAACAAUGUAAGUAUAAACCUGAUAAAGUUAUGGCAGCAAAGGUUUUGGAUGAACAGUUAAUGGAGCAUGAAGAAAAUAUCCGGAAUAAAAUUCUUAAUAAUUUGUCUUAUGAGAAAAUUGAAGUACAUUACUUGAUUUUUUACCUAUAUUAUAAAUUAAUGAAAUACUUACUAAUCUGUUUAUUUAAGGGUGAUGAUAAGUAUUCACCUCAAUUGGAUGAAGGUCAAACAAUUAAUGGUAUUGAUCAUCUUAAUUCAAACAAUAUUGGAAAAAUAUUUGAUUUAUUGAAGAACGAUGAUAAAGUAUCUUUAGACCAUGGUGAUGUCUCUUACACAGUUUGGGUUACUUAUUCUGAAAUUUACAAUGAAUCUAUAUAUGAUUUGUUUGAUAUUAAUUGUUCAGCUAACCAAAAACGAAUACCUCUGAAACUUGCACUUGAUCAAAAUAAAAAUAUCUAUGUACAAGGUAUGUGAUAAAAUUUAUUAGUUCUUUUUUUUCUUAAUUUUAAUAUUUAAAUUUCCUUGGAUUUUUUCCUUGAGUUAUAUUCUGUAAAAUAAUUACAAAUAUACGAGUAUGUACUAGUUAUGACUAGAUUUAUUGUUUACUAAAAAUACCCCUGUUAUUUGAGGCUUUUUUAUACAUCUUGAAAAAUUAAAUAUUAUACAAAUAUACAGUGAAACUUCCAUAUAACGGUCACUGAAUGGACUAGAAAUAAUGACCAUUAUUUAGAGGUUUCCUACAGAGAAAUAACACUUAACAGGGCCAAAAAAAUAACCGUUACACAGAAAUGAUCUUUAAUGGAAGUUUUACUGUAUUAUAGUAUUAGUCAUUAUAGUAAAAUAUUUAUAUAUUGAAAUAAUUUGUAUGGACUAGACUAUUUUGUUAAAAUUUGAUAUUAAAAUUCUUAAAAACUGUAUUAAACUCAAUUUUUAUUUGUUUUGACCAAAAAGUACAACUUAUAAUGAACCUCCUGUUUUAUUUAGUCUUAACAAUUUUAUUCAUAGAGUACAAAUUACGUACAAAACUCCCAAAAUUUAAAUGUCAUUAAGUAGCUCAAAAAUGGCUAAGCAAAAUUUUAUCACAUUUUAGAAAGGGCAAACAUAAUUUUUGUGUUCAAAUUUCAAGUCCAUUAAGUGCAUACAAAUAUUUUUAAAUGAAUUUUAAUAAAUGGCUCAAAUGUUUUGAUAAUUUUACUAUGUUUAGAAAAUUUAAAUAUAAAUUUUCUGUCCAAAUUUCAAGUGUUUACUAAUAUUUUUAACUAAACUACAAAAUUAAAAAUAAUAAUAGCAUUAUUUUCGUAAAUGUCCCGUUUUUCUUGCAUUUUAUCCCAGUUUUCCCCAGAUGUUAUGAAAAUUGUUUGGGAAAUUAAAAAAAUUAUCUACUUAAUAGAUUAUCUAGGUAAAAUUUCCUUUCAGUAAUGUUGCCAUACUUAAUACAAAAGCAAAAUGUCUACAUUUUUGUCACAGUAAGUUAAUUAGAACCAAUAUUCUUUGCUACACUCAGAAUCUAAAAUUAAUCAAUGAUAGUAUAAGAUGAUUAAAAUAAUAGAUUUCUGGCUAAAGAACAGAGCAGAUGGUUCAAUUUUUUUCUUUUGAGAAAUUUUAAAAUAAUUAUUGUUACUUUUACAUUUUUAGCAUGACAAAAAAUGUUUUGGUUUUACUAUAUGGUUUAUUUGUGUGUGUGUUUCUGUUUACAAUUUUUCGAUCAAAAAUCUUUCAAUUAAACAAUAACGAGCUUCUUUGUAACAUACUUUAUUUAUUUUGGUACAUUGGUGAGGUUGUUUUUUGAUUUUCCUAAUAACAACAAAAUUAAAUGCACACUAAUGGUUUUUAUUUUUUUUUUUUGUUGCAAUUCUAUUGAAUAUAAUCAUAAAAAUCUAAAAUUUUCAAUAAAUAUAAGCAAAUUUUAGGUGCAAUUUCCAAAACAGUCUGGUAAUUUUUGACCUAUUCAUGGGUCAUCUUUUAUUGUUAUUAUAAAAAAAGAAUAUAUUGCAAUUACCCAUGUAUUAUGGGUAAUUAUUAUAAUAAUAAUUAUUAUUAUUAUAUAUAUAUAUAUUUUUAGGACUUACUCAUGUGUUAGUUCGAUCUGCAGAAGAAGCAUAUAAAGCUAUGUUUUUUGGUAGAAAUAAUUUGAAAAUUACAAGCAAUACUUUAAGCCGUUCACAUUGCAUUUUCACAUUGAAAUUAAUGAGAAUAGAAAAUAUUAAAUCACCUACAACAGCUGUUAUUAGCAGGUUUAGUUUGAUGUUUUCUUCAGAUAUUUUUGAUGUGGUUAUUGUUAUUAAUAUUUUUCAAUGAUUAAUUUACAAUAUUUUUAGUUUUACUUUUUGUGACUUGGCCGGUUCUGAACGUCUUAAAAAAACCAUGAAUAUUGCUGAACGACUUACAGAAUCUAAAAAAAUAAACACAUCAUUAUUGGUAUUAAAUAAAUGUUUUUCUGUACUACGGUAUGUAUUAAUUCAAGUUUUAAUAUUUAUGAAUAUAUCUAUUAAUUUAUCAUUUGUAUAUAUUAAAGUGAUAAUCAAAAGCGUGGAGAUAAUCACUUAGUUCCAUUUAGAGAAUCUAAAUUAACCCAGAUGUUCCAAACUGCCUUAAUAGGCAGUAAUCAAACUUGUAUAUCAAUGGCUGUUAAUGUUGAUAUAUCUCCUGGCUUAUUCGAAGAGACAAAGCAAGUAUUAUUUAUGUUUGCUAUUGUGCGUUCCAUUAUUACGUUAAAGUCAAAAAACAAUUCGAAAUCAGAGUCUAGUUUUGUUGUAUUGGCAGCGAACAAUGACAAAAACUUGACACAAGCUAAAUUUAAACAAAGUAUUCAACAAAUAUUUAUAUUCAUCUAUUCAGGGCAAUCACAUUAUGUAAGGCACUUAUUAUCUCUGAAAGUAUUUUUAGAACAUUUAUGAAAUAAGUAGUUCUAAAAUGUUACACUAAAAUAAAUUUUUCUCGUCCUUAUUUUAUAAUUUAGGGGUGAAAUCACUACCUAAUUUGAAUUUUCAAAUAGCAACAUAUACUAAAAAUUGUAUAAAUAGAUUGAGUAUUAAUUAAAUCAAAUUUUGGUGUUGAAAUAAUUUAAUUUUUGUCAACCUGGUAAUUAGAUAUUCCACUUUUAAGUUUCAGUGGGUGGGGUAUAUUCAUGGGAAAUGAGUAAAACAUUGUUAAAAUGCUUCUAUGACGUUAAACAAAUGAUACCACUACUCCCUUGUGCUGAAAUUUGUAAUUAGAUUAUUUGUAUCUCGUCAACAGGUUGACGGAUCAAAAAUUUCAACAUGUAAAUCGUUUAAACUAAUAUUCCCACUAAUUAAUGCAAUUUUUAGUAUAAGUUGCCAUUUGAAAAUCAAAAAUUUGUAGUGGAUUCAGCCCAUAAAAGAAUGGUGACAAAAAGAAAAUAGCAAUGUAACAGUUAUACAGCUAAUUUACUCCAAAGUCAUAAGUUUAUUAUGUUAUGUUGAUCACCUUGUACAUGAUAUUGCAACUAAACUUUUAUAUGAAUAUAAUAUGGUGUAUAUUAACACUUAUAUAUUUUAGAUACAAUUUGUGAAAAUAAAGAUUUAGAUUGUUCAAAUUCUGAAAAAAAAAUACGGGUACAUAACAUGUCAUAUUUUUAUACAUAUUUAUCAAUUAUUUUCUUAUACAAUUGUUUAUGUGUACAGGUUGAUCAUAAAGAUUCAGAAACAAAGGUAUAUGAAGAAAAAAAAAAUCUGCCUUUCAUAAGUAAUAUAGUUUUAAUUAAAUAUGAUUUAUUAGGUUUUGAAAGCGGCGCAUCAAAAAGAAAUUGAUAAAAAAAAUCAAGAGAUAAAAGUAAUAACAAUUUUUUUCCAAAUUAUAUGUGUAUAUUAAUUUUAAUUUGCAUACUAUUUUUUAAUUAUAAGAGAGCUGAAAAUAUUUAGUGUAAAUUAAUGAAGAGGAAUUUGUUAAAAAAAAAAAAAAUUUCUCUUUUUUAGUGCCUAGUUAAAGAUAAAAUAGUAUUAAUGCAAAUGUGAAGAAGUGUUCUUUUUUUUUUUUUUUUUUUUUUUUUUUUUUUUUUUUUUUUUUUAAACUAUUAUUGAAAAAGAAUAUUUAAAAUGUGUGUUAUAACAUCACAAUAAGCAAAUAUAAUAAUUUUAAAUACAAUAAUUUAUAUACAUUUUAACUGUGAAUUGUUGGAAUCCAACGUGAUAUGUUACUUUAGGUUAAUAAAUCUCUGCAGUAUUUUCUUUUGAGUCGAUGGGUGGGAUUUAUGGGUUGAGUAUUGAAUUGGAUUUUUGCUGUUAAUGGGCUAGUAUGGGAAUGAAGUUCGGAAUAAAAAGAUCUAUAAUGUUUUGUGACUUAUUGAACAACUGUUUUGAUUUUUAGGUCCGUGUAGUGCGGAGUUAGGUACAAACCAAGGUGCAGAUGUUAGCAUAUGGAGAGUAAUUGACUGGAAAGCUUGUAUGGUGGGAAUUUAGGAUAGUUUAGUGCAGUCCCAAAUUUGGUUUGCAUAUGCCCAUAUUGGUCGCAAAAGAUAUUUGUACAUAAUAAGUUUGGUAUGAAUUAGAAGUUUUGAUUUUUAAUAUUGGACUAAGUAGAUGUAGUCUGUUCAGAGUUUUUAUUUGUAGUUUAAGGUGUGAGCCCCGAGUUAUUCUUUUAUCAAGCUUAAUGCCGAGAUAUUUGUCAUCAGAAGAUGAUGGAAUUAGAGUACCCUGAAAGUAAAUAGGUGUAGGUCCAAUUUUUUUUAAAGUAAAUGGUACAUAAACAGAUUUAUCUGUAUUUAUUUUUAUUUGUCACUUAGUUGUCAAGUUGGCAAUGGAAUCUAAGUGGAUUUGUAGAAGGUUGAAUGUUUUGUCAGGGUCAUUACUAGCACAAAGUAUUGUGGUGUCAUCUACGUAAGUGGUCAUGGUGGUGCUUGCUGUAACAGUUAUGUCGGCCAUAUAAAUAUUAAAUAAAUCAGAAGAGAGGUUGCUACCUUGGGGUACACCAGCUUCAAUGCAGAAGUAUGAUGAGCUUCCAUAUCAGACCAAUUAGGAGCGGGUUUUUGAGAUAUGAGCGAAUAAUUAAAUAAUAUGGUGCCGGUAAAAAAAGUUUGAGUUUAUUAAGUAGGCCUUCAUGUCACACAGGAAAACACCUGGACAAAAUUGUUUCAUUUCGAAGGAAGAUGUUAUUUCAUCCGUCAUUCUAUGAAUUUGGUGUACAGUGGAGGAAUUUUUUGCUCUAAAACCUAAUUAAGAGUUUGGGAUAAUUCUGUUAAUUUGCAUUAUAGGUCUAAUUAUUUUGAGUAUUGUUUUUCGAAUAGUUAAGCUAGAAUUGGGAGUAAACUUAUUGGUCUGUAUGAGGUGGCUAGAGUCUUUGGUUUAUUUGGUUUUGGUAUAAGUAUUUAAGAAGUGUUUUAAAGAAUAUUUUGAAAUUUUAUUAAAUGAGGAGUACCUAUGAGGAAUUAUGAAGAUGUUGGGAUGUAUAUUGAUUGAUAAUCUAGAAAAUAGUAUAGUGGAGAUUUAAAGCUAAAGUAACCCCAAAUAGUUUUUAAAAAAACAGUGGUGAAAUAGAUAAUUUAAUUUUGUUAGAAUUCAAUAUAAAUAUUCUAGCUAUGCAAUAACAAAUUCUUGAUAAUAAAAAUCAAGAAAUUGAAAUAAUAAUAAUUUGUUGAAAUUUAAAUAUAAGUAGAUAAUUAUAUUAAUUCCUGUUUUUUAUUUACUUUAGAAUUGCAAGAUUAUGUUUACUGAGGUAUAUGCAAAAUAUAAGAACAUGGUUGAUAAUUCAAAUAAAAUCAAUAAUAGAUUUGAUGAAGUGUGUCAAUUUUUAGAAGAAAGGGUAAAUUUAUGUUGAAUAAUUUUAUCAUUUUGUCAUAAAUACUUAAUAAAAUAUGCCAAUAUCCAGGGUUCAGAAGGCGACAAUAAAUUUACUUAUCAACAAUAAAAUACUGAAAACCACUUCACAUAAUUAUUAAUAUUUUAUUAAUUUUCGAAUUUGUCAUCAAAAGCUAUUAGCAUAGUAUUGUGAUGAUACCUUACCUAUACUUCAUUCCAUAUAAGAAUCCACCGCUCAGCACAUUCAAAUGUAUCACAGAGUGACGUCCUGCUCCCUUAACUGAGUCUUUUUACUCUACAAUUGGUUGUUAUUAGUCGGCUGCUAGUUUUGACCGAUUAUCGUACACCACCCGGUGCGUUUUUAUUUGGAACGGUUAAUGAAAAUGUCUCAUCUGAGUGGUUCUAUAGUAGAGAACAAGUAUACUGAAUAAACAUUAUACCACCCAGCUGCAGUCCCAACAAUUCAUAGCAUAUUAUUGUGUAUCUCGUAGACUCAUUCCCAGACGACAUUUCCUAUUAUGGGGAACGGAAUGGCUACCAGAAAAAUACAGAUAUAUAUAUAUAUAGGUUAAUUACUAAACGUACUCCCUCAUUUUUUUAGUUAUUUUGCAUAUAUUUAUAUUCUUAUUUUUGGAAUUUUUAUGUUUAGUUAAAGUCGAUAUCUUCAAAUACAUUGAUUUUUCACAGCAUUUAACGACUAUCCUGUGGUGAUAACAACUUUGGUUUUUCAAAAGAAAACUUUGCCUUUGAACCUUAUAUGUUGUGAAAAAUCUUCAAAUAUCCACACAGUACUUACCAAUUAAAAACUAAUAUAAAACUAGCUAAAAUGGUUCCAUUUAGAACAUUUUACUACUUACAGAUAAAACUAAUCUAAGUAUCCUGUACAAAUUUCAGAUUACUUUUAUUUUUAUUGAUUUACAACAAAAAUUCAAAUCGUAAAUUCUUACUAACUAAUUAAAUCUAAAAUCCAACUAUAAAGAAAGGGGGGUUGUUUGAUUUUCAAUUUGAAUAAUAUUUUUUUCGUAGAAAAUUAUUAUUUUCUGAACUCAAGUUUAAUGUUUAAACUAUUUAACCAAUACUAAUAUGCUACAUCAACAGUAAUGUGUUAGAUAUGGUGCUUGGUAGCAUGUUAACACUGUAAAAAUAAAAAAAGAAAGAUUUUAAAAACGUGAUUAAUUUGUAUAGGAUUUGGAAAUUGAAAGAUUAAUUGGAUUAUUGGAAGCAAAAGAAAAUCUUAUUAUUGAAAUGAAAAUUUAUCAAGAUCAACAAAAAUCUAAAUAUGUAAGAUAGUUUUAUUUUUUAACAAAGUUUAUAAAUUAAAGAUUAAAGAAUUUCGUAAAUAUUUAUUUGUUAGACUUAAUUUGAAACAAUAAACACUUGGUAUAAACUAACUGAGGAUCUUUAGAAUAUGUGAAGAAAAAAUGAGGAACACACAGUUUGGUUUCAGAAAUGCUAUGAGCACAAGAUAGGCUAUUUUCAACUUAUAAGUAUUAUUUUAAAGAGUUAAAGACGUUAAUCAGAACAUAUUUGCAUGUUGUUUUGAUUAAGUGAACCUUAAUAAACUUAGAAAUCCUAAUCAUAGUGGAAUUUGAUAAGGAUGAUUUGAGAAUAAUACAACAUUGAUGGAGAAUUCUAAGGAUGUAUCAAUUAAGCAGGGAGUAAAGCAGUGCUGUGUUUUGUCUCCAUUGUUAUUCAAUAUAUACUCUGAAUUUAUCUUUUGUGAAGUUCGAGUAGGAGUUGAAGAUAGCAUCAAAGUUAAUGGAGAAGGUCUAAAUAAUAUCAAGUAUGCUGAUAGUACAGUGAUUUUUUACUAAUAUCAUUGAUGGAAUAUUUAAUGGACAGAGUUGUAGAAGUUAGUAUAAAAUAUAGUUUAGCUCUAAACAUGAAGAAAACGAAAUGUAUGAUAUUAUCAAAGAAUCAUAAGUUGGAGGAUAUUAAAUAAUUGAAAAUUAUCAUAAAGAGUAGGUAUAAAAAAUUAUGCAGUUAAGGUGUUACAUGUUCUCUGUAUUACUAUAUGAAAUUGAAACCUGGAAACAAACAGAGUUAGCCUAUAAGAAAAUUGAAGUUUUUGAGAUGUGAUUAUACAGUAUGUCACACCAUGUUUGAUCAAUUUUUUUAGAACUGUUAAUAUUACAUUUUUUUUUUUUUUAAAUUAGUGUUGCUCGAGGGGGACAUCGAUUUAGAAAAAAAAUAAAUUUUUAUUUUCAUCUCUCAAAUAAAAAAAAAAUAACUAUUCACUUUACAAACUUAUCAAAAUAGCCAUUUUGUAAAAGAUAUUAUUCUAAAAUUUUAAUGUAUCACACAUUCAUAUCCAAUGAAUAGUUUCUUAGUAAUAGCAGUUUAAAUUUCUAGAAAUAAAAUGUGAAAACAAUUAAUACUCAAUAAACUACUGUUGCGAUAUGGAAUUGCCGUGCAGAGAUUAUGAUUAUUAUUAAAUAUUAAUUGUUUUCACAUUUUAUUUCUAGAAAUUUAAACUGCUAUUACUAAGAAACUAUUCAUUGGAUAUGAAUGAAUAUGUGAUACAUUAAAAUUUUAGAAUAAUAUCUUUUACAAAAUGGCUGAUUUGAUAAGUUUGUUAAGUGAAAAAAUAAAAAGUUUUUUAUAUAAUGUUAUUUGUUAUUUUAAAUAAAAAAACAUGAUUUUUUAAAUAAAAUUCUUUUAUAAUCUUUUUAGGCAGAAAAAAAAACCCUAGAAUGUAUGGAAGAAAAAUUAAAAAGAAAAAAAAAGAAGUACAAAAUUUGUUUGCAGGAUAAAUCUAAGAUCGCUGAAAAGUAUCAAAUUUUAAAACAACUAUUUCGGAUCAAAGUAUAAUUUAUAUUAUCCAUUUCUAUAAACGUUUUAUUUUAUUAAUAUUGCUAUAAUUUUUUUUAAUAAUUCAAUUAGGCUAAAUCUUUUGAUCAGUUGACAUUAAGUAACACCGAAUUAUCUUCAGAAUUGGCAGGUUUGUAAAUAUUUUAUUCACAAAUAAAUUUAUAUAACAUUGAAUUUAUAAGAUUUUGUUAUGUAUUAGAUAUCAAGUCAAAGAUGACUGAACUCAAAGAAUAUGCAGCCACAUUCGAAUCUACAUUGGUGUAAUUUUAAAUUGACUUCAAUAUAUUUAUACUUAUAUUUGCAUUGAUUAUUACUUUAAUUACAGAGAUAAUGAAAUGAGAUAUAAUAAAGAACUGCAAGCUGCCUUGAAGAAAAAACAAAUGAAACCGGAUUCCAAAAAUAUAACUGUAUUAACAGAUAUAAAUAAUGUUCAAUGUGUAAGUUAUUAAAUUAGUGAAACAUGUUUGUCAUUAUUUUAGCGUUUUAAUUUAUUUUUAUAUAUAUACACACUUAUAGCCUUUGACAAUGAUCAUAGAUUGUGAUAGUGAAGAAAAUAAGGUAAUAUAUAAAUUUCAUACUUUUAUAAAUUCUUUAACUUAUAAAAAAACGUGAAAUGUUUGUUUUUAGAAUACUGAAAAAAAAUCUACAAUAAAAUCUAGAACCAAGACUCCUAUGUCAACUACAAAGUAAGUAUUAGUGGACCUAAUACCGUUAAGUUUUUUAUUUUUAUUUUUUUUUAACAACUUUUCCCAGCAACUGCUUAGAUUUACAAUGAUAUCAAUUUUUCUAAGAGUACAAUUCCUUGGGAUAUGUACUUCAGGGAGGUAAUUUUUUGAUUUUUCCAGGAUUUUUCUCAACAAAUGGGGAAAAUGAGAAAUGAGAAAUUGAAAAAUAUUUUUUGUCCUUUUUUCCCUGUGAACAACUUUUCUGGUACUUAAGAGCCAUUUUAUCAAUCAUUAGUUAAAUGUCUAGUUAACAAAACUCAUUAAAAUUAACUGUAGAUUAAACAAAUUAUGACUUAAUUAUUUUUAUUUACACAAAUUAUUGACAAAAAAUUAUUUUAUUCAAACAAAAUUGGACGUUUUAUAAAAAAGAUACCUUUGGGUUAAUAGUUUGCAUUUAGUUUGCACAGCAUUAGAAAAUUGUGUUUAAUAAAUUAAAACCGUUAGAGGGGGAAAUAUUUUUCAAGUACUUUUGUUAAAGCUUUUUUGACAUUUUUAAGAAGUUUUUUUUGAGGAAUUUAAGUACAAGUUCUGAGUCCUAGUAAUAAUUAACUCCUAAUUAUUUUUGAUUAUAAUGGCUUUAAAAUUGCAAUGUUUAUAAAUACUAUAUAUAUAUAUAUAUACAUGUUCCACAAUGAUUUGCUACUUGAAAUAACUUUUGUUACAUUUAAUAUUUUUUUAAAUAAUUAGUUUGUCUCUACACGGUAUAGUUACUGUUUGAAAAAAAAAAAAUGGUAGCUUAACUUGAAAUAAAAAUUUUAAAUAGCCAUUUUGUUAAAUAGAUUUUUAAAAAACAUUGGGUAGUUAAAACAUUUGUUUAGGUAUUGUCUUUUAUUUUCUACAAUUUUUUGAAGUUCUGGCAAAUGUGAUUAUUUUGAUAUAUAAUCUACUAUAAUAAAAAGAAAGUCCUUGUUAUUUGAUGUGCUCUGACUAUUAAUUAAAUAUUAUAAUGGAUUAUAAACCACAAUAAUAUUCAUGCCCUAUCUAAAAAAAAAAAAAUAUGUGUAAACUAACUGUAGCACAGAGACAUACUAAUUGUUUAAAAAAAAUAUUGAAUAGAACAAAAGUUAUUUUUAGUAGCAAAUCAUCAUGGGACACUGUAUAUUAUUAGGAUAGUCUUUAUAUUCCUUUACUGAAAUUUUUUUUGGUCAAUCUCUCUAAAUUAAUUCCAAAACCCAUAAUUACAAGUCAAUUGUUUAAGUUGAACUCAUAUCUCAAAGCCCUUAAAGUUCAAAAAUGGGUUUUUUCAAAAUAUCAUUUUUUAUUUGUAUUUUUUAAAAUAUAAUUAGGUUAAGUACCUUAAAUUUGGUUUAAAUCACUUCAUAAAAUCUGUAAUUAUUUGUUGAAUUUAUUAUUAUUUAUAAAUUAAACAGAAUUAUUUGUUUCAGGAAAAAGAAAAAUAUUAAAUAUGGUAAUAUAAUUUUAUGCCUUAUGUAAAUUUUUUAUAAAACUAAUAUUUUAAUUUUGCCAGAUGAUACUCCUGAAAUGUGCGAUAAGAUUUUAUACGAAAUCAUAAAUAAUAUACCUAAUAGUACUCAUAAACGUAAAUUAUUUGAUAACAAACCACCAUUAUCAGACAAUAGUAAAAUCUUUACUGUGAGUAUUGAUAUUUUGUUCUAUACAUUUUGAAUAUUUGAAUAAUUUUAAAAUUUAUUUAUAUAGGAUAACCGAUUGGAUUCUAUUCUUACUCCUACUAAUGCAUUGCAUCAAACUUCAAAAUUCCGCAUUAAAAAAUCCAAGAAGUAAUUCAAUUGUAUCUUACAUUCUUAUUAUUAUUAUUAUAUAUUAUAGAAAC